AUGUCGAUAGAGCAAGCCGGUAGCGUCUCCUGUUAUUUGCCUUGUGGCAUACCAUCAGUGGCUAUCUGCAUUGUUUGUAAGCACCACUUUUGUUGGGAUCAUUUUCGUGAACAUCGUCAAAUCUACGAGAAAUAUUUGGAUGAUGCUGAUAAUAAACAACAACCGCUGUCCGACUGUUUGGUUACAUAUAAAAAUAUUGAAAGUAAACUGCGCUCAACUAUCGACCAUUGGGAAAGCCAGGCCAUCGAUGAUAUUCAUCGAUCAGCUGAGAAUGCUAGAAAAGCACUCGCAAAUCAUAUAGAACAUUGUCGAUCUCAUUUCGAAGAAGAAUCAUCGACAAUAACAGGUAGCAAAUCAACCAAUCGAGAUGCUCAGUUAAUUCAACUGGAAAAAUUACAAAAUGAAUAUGGUCAUUCCCUGGAAAAUAUACACAUCAUACAACAUUGUGAUCAAAGACAUACACUGGAUAUUGAAACAACAAAUCCAGUAAAAGAAACGUUUUCGUUGGAACCGUGGCAAAACACGGCACAGAAUUACGAUAGCAACAUGGCUAUAACAAGAUUAGGCAAACGGCUUGUCGAAAAGCCGCUCACGGAAAGUUGUGUUGGUGAUUAUUGGGCGAUGGGUGCUUCCGAUGAAUAUUUACUUGCGCAAGAAUAUGAAAAUAAGCAAUUGACAUUUUUCGAUCGGCAUGGUAGACGAGACAUUUCGAUGAUAUGGCAUCAUGAUGUAGUCAUUCGUGACAUCCAAUGGAAUCAUGAUCUACGACAAUUCUUCAUUUUACUCGAUAAAAAGCUUAUUCUUUUUGAUCCAGUGACACGACUCUUUCAAGAAAUCACUCGCAUUACACCUUAUCAAACCAAUAGUUUUCGUCGAUGCACUUGUAGAAACGAUCGGCUUUUCAUUUCCUAUUGGUGUCAGGAGAGUGCCGUCGAAUGGAUUCAGAUUAGUUCAUGGAUUUUGCAGAAGCGAUGGUUGAGUCCUGUGACAUGCCGUGCAAAUGAAUUCAUCACAUGCAUUCAACUAAAUUCAAAUGAUCAACUUGCUUUCAGCAUUCAAGAUGAAAACAAUCCACUCAAUCGACAGUGUCGCUUUGAACUUCGUGAUCUCGAUCUCAACACUCUUCGUACUAUUUCGCUCGAUACGAUCUCUGGUAUUUUUUCACGGAUGACUCCAUUACCCGAUGGUUACUGGGCUCUAUUGAAUGUGGAUAACAAUUUAGUUUUCCUUCUCGAUGAGCAAUGUGUAGUAAUAGACAAAAUCGAUCCUCUUCAUGGGUCAUUGAGCAA